UAUAUUAUGAUAGUGAUAUAAAAUUUGAAAAUGUUUUCUUUUAAGAAUUUUUCAAUAUCUUUUCGAAAUGAAAGAUAAUUGCGCACUUUUAGAUGCACCGAUUGCAGACAGCGCAAAAUGUCAGAAUAUUAUUUUGGUGCAAUGGAAUCAGCAAAUACGGUUACAGAAGCAGUGCAGAACCAGAAUAUACAGGAAUUGUGCAUGUUGAUUGAAAAGGGAGGACAUGAUUUAAAUAAACAGGACAAAAUGGGAAGAACUGUUUUAUUCUUUGCUGUGUGCAGAGGAAAUUCGGAAUUAAGUAGGAUACUGUUAGAAAAUGGAGCGGAUGCUACAAUAUUGGACAGAAACGGAAAUUCUCCUCUGCAUUGGAGCGGUCAUUGUGAGGUUAUCGAACUACUCGUUAAUUAUGGCGGUGAUGUAUUUGCAAGGAAUAAAGCUGGACUACUACCGAGACAAAUGGCAGUGAGACGAGGUGCAUCUAUAGAUGCCAUUCAAUAUUUUGAGCAGUUAGAAAGGUUAAGAGACAAAGGAAGGAAAGAGACCCUGUCUGUGAUGGUGAGUUUCUUCAAGGAAAUUUACGAGGAGCUGGGACUGAGGUACACACUGCUGUUUAUACUCGGGCUACUGUUCAUUGUACUCUAUAUUACCAUCACUAUCACCGGAUUAUCCAGACAUUUUCAGUUUCGAGAACCAAUCAUUGUGGAGACGCAGAAUAUCAAAUUCUGAUAAGAAAAUGACUGUACUGUAAAUGUCAUAUAGGACCAAAGAAACUAUCAUGUGGCAAAGAUUCCCUGUCAGCCAGACUUUAUGAUUUCAGACUUCAAAACAUUUUAUCACAAAGUCGUCAAAAUUUUUAAAUCACUGUCAGACAUUUGGUCUGAAAGAGUUAAAGGUUCUGUCAGACUGGACAAAGUUUUGUCAGACCAGAUACAAGUAUCUUGUAUUGCAUAAAAAGAACGAAGAAAAAAGAACUGCACCAAAAUGCCUUUUUAUUGUUUUAACAGCAAUGCAUCUCCCACUCAUAAUAUCCAGCCAAAUACGGUCAAUUUUCCAACCAUCUUGGAACUCAAGAACAACACGGAAACCUUCGUAAUUUUCUAAGUGGUCCAGGUUCAGCAUUUUUUCUUUUGUUUGUUUGUUUUAUAUCGCAUCAGAAAUUUUCCCCUCAUAAUGAGACGUGACCAGCUGUAGGUGAAACACCACAAAUUUAGACCUAUGCUUUGUACUUUGACUCAAGGCCGUAAUAGUGAGGGUUCUCUUUAACGUGUAACUUAAAACCUGCCACAACAUUGGAGGUCAUAUCCGAAAGACCUGUAACUCUCAUCUCACUGCUAAAUGCCGAACAUUUGAUGAGGAUAUAUUUACAUCUUGGGUUUGACGUGGCCAUGGCACAAGCAUAACUCAAACUCACGACCUUCCAGUUACAAAGCGAACAUUCACAACUGAGCUACCACGACCAGUCUUUUCUUCCUGGGUAGAGAACCGAAAUAAAUUUGAUCGGCCGUGCAGCCAUGUUGUUUGAGUGACCUUCACUUGCGCAUCUUGAACCCGAGCUCUAAAAUAAUCGGAUCACACCCAAAAUAUUUUCAAACGGUCAUUUGGACCGACAAUUUCUAGAAAAUUAUCGGUCCAGCGAAAAUUUUACCGGCCUUGCUGACAGGACCGACAGUUUUCGACAACUCGGUAUCAGAUUCUUUGCAAUCCAUGAUCAAGCAGUGAGAUAAUCCAAAAUAGCAGUUUGAAAAAGUUGUUCUUACAACUUUAAUAUUUUGAGUGUAACCCAAAACAAAACUACUUUUUGGAGCGUUUAAUGCUGGUUUAUUAUUUGUCAGAUAUUCUGAGAAUAACUUCUAUUUAAGUGAUGUGUUUAGUGGUGUGUUAAGUGAUGUGUUUAGUGGUAUUGUGAUGAUGAUGCUGUUAUAUUCCAUUUACCAGACGAAUGCCAGUUUUUAACUUUUAUGACAAUGAGACAUCUAUAGUUCAUGUGUUAUAUUUUUUCGUUUGUAUAAGUAUUUCUACUUGGACAUCUUUGUUAGAUGUAUAAGAUACAUCUGUGUGUUUUGUUUUUUUUUAAAGCAAAGCACUAUUUAGAGAAAUAAUGAAUAAAUUACAAAGUCUGUCAUAGGCCUAAAAUAAAAAUUGUUGUGUUUCUGCCAACCGACCCUAAUUUAUGCCCUUACCACUCUUACCUUAGAAUAUUUUUAGCAUUCUUCAAGAAACAUUUUGUUGGUUGAUACUUGGAAUUCUUUGUAGUUAAUUUAUGUCAAAGUUUGAAUGUUGCAUUAACAGUAAAAUAAAAAUGAAACGCUCAUGUUCAAUAUGUUGAAAAUUGGAGAUUGUAAUCAAAAUGUUUCAUUGUGUACUGUUAAAAUAAAGUUUGUGAAACACAUACAGCAAUUUUUAUUUUUGGCCUCAUCUGAUGGCAACCUUACUUUAGAAUUUGACAAGUGUAAUCCUUUUGAUAAUUGUAUUAUACAAUGUACAUCUUAAAUUGAUAUUUGUAGCCAGAAUUGAUCACUUUCUCUGCACUACAAAAUUGUUUUCAUUGAGUUUUUAGAAACUGAUAUUAAAUUUUACCGAUAAAUAUGUACAUCUUUUUUUUGUGCUCAAUAACACUGCCCCAUCCAUGCAUUACAAUUUACUGACAAAUAAUAUUACUUUCAAAUGACAUGUCACAUGAUCAACUUUUAAAAAAUUUGUAUUUGGUGAAGAUUUGAGUUAUAAUCU